CAGCCGUAAACACACUCAUUCCAUUCCUUCUGCCGCCAAAACCUCCUUUUUUUCACUCACUUCAAAUCUGCAUCACAUCGAGCUGAACCAGCGGCGAAAGGCAACUCAACAAUGAGCUCUAAGAUGAGAAAUAAGGUGCAGAAGAAGUUCAACAUGAGGGGUUACAAACUCAAAAUGGAAGCCCUAACGGAAAUCCUUGGAUUCAUCGGCCGAUUUCCCGAUGCGGAAGACGAAGCGCUCGAUCUACUCCUCGACGAGCUGCAUAACGUCUCAUUGAAAUCGUCGAUACUGGAUAAGGAGCCGGUGCAGAGAGUGGUGGCGCUUUUGCUUGAAGCUGAAGCUGCGGUGGAGGAGAGUCCGACGACUAGCGGUCAUAGCUCGGCUGCCUCUGCGUCUGCUUUGAGAAUCAUUGAUGCAUUUGAUUUCCCCAAAUUUCGUUAUGAUGCGAUCAAAAAAUUAUUUCACAAGUACUCGGGAAAGCUCCCAAUUUAUGGUGAUGCGCCUGCAAAGGUCACGCUAUACAGAGAUAGGUUUAUGUUGUUGUUUCAAAGGCUCUCCCGGGAUCCUCAUUUUUCUAGGCCUGUUUUUGAUAGUGAUAUGUCAGAUUACGGCAGCUGCCAGAUAUCGCCAAUUCAAUCUCUGGUUGGUCAGAGAGGAAAGAGAUGGGUCAUGGGACUUAUAUCUCAACUGGAGGAUGGCCAUUUCUACCUGGAAGACUUAACUGCUGCUGUGGAAGUUGAUUUAUCCAAUGCAAGAAUCACUACAGGGUUUUUUGUUGAGAACACAAUUGUCUUAGCAGAAGGCGAGAUGCUCAUGGAUGGUAUCUUUCAGGUGAAAACAUGUGGAUUUCCUCCAUUAGAGGACAGAGAAAAGUCACUUGCAAUGCUAGCAGGACUUGAUUUUUUUGGCAGUGGUUCACUUACCAAAGAGGAGAUGGUUAGACUUGCAGAGCUUGAAAGAGGGGCAGUUAAUGACAUGUUUGUGAUACUCUCUGAUGUUUGGCUGGACCAUGAGGAGACUAUGGAGAAACUUGAGAUCAUCCUCAAUGGUUAUGAGAAUGAGAAUGUAGUCCCGUCUCUGUUCGUUUUCAUGGGAAACUUCUCUUCUCAUCCAUGUAAUCUUUCUUUUAGUUCUUACUCCAGCAUCAGAUCAAACUUUGGGAGACUAGGCAAAAUGAUUGCGGAUCAUCAACGUCUAAAAGAACAUAGUAGAUUUCUUUUCAUUCCUGGUCCUGAUGAUAUAGGACCUUCACAUGCUCUACCCAGAUGCUCGUUGCCAAAAUACAUAAUUGAGGAGUUUCAAAGUCACAUUCCAAAUGCUGUAUUUAUGAGUAAUCCUUGCAGAAUCAGAUUUUAUACGCUAGAAAUUGUAUUUCUACGGGAAGAUAUGCUUUACAAAAUGCGGAGAUCAUGUCUGAUGCCUCCUUUAACUGAAGAAACAAGCGACCCAUUCGAGCAUCUUGUUGCGACCAUAGUGCAUCAAAGCCAUCUUUGCCCUCUGCCCUUGAGCGUACAGCCCAUAAUUUGGAACUUUGAUCACUGUCUUCAUUUGUAUCCAACUCCACAAACAUUGAUGCAGAUUGUCCUGGGGGAUAGAAGUGAACAGAAGGCAUUCAAGUACACUGGAGUUACAUGCUUUAACCCUGGUUCCUUCUCAAAUGACUUCACUUUUGUGGCCUAUCGACCUUGCUCGCAGGAAGUUGAACUAUCGGCUGUGUAAGUAUGGUUUCCGGUUGUUAAAUGCACAAAUAGACAUUUGAGAAUUGAGUGUUCCUAUUUAACUGGGACAUAGCUCUUUGGAAGUCUUAUUAUCAAAUUUGUAGGGUUGAAUUUAUUGAAAAGUUGCUGCACAUAUUGUAUUCUCCUUGUAGGUCAGCAACCUCAUUUCUAUGAUUCUCUGUAAUUUUUAGAGUUUAUGAUGCAAUUUUACCCAGCUAAGCUUGUGGGCGAAUUUCCAUUUUAUGUAAUGUAAUUGUAUACAUACCUGACUCAGAAUAGUUCCCUAAACAUUAUAGUUUUGAUUUUCAAAUUUCUGAUUCCUAGAGCUCUGAAACCAGAUU